UCAGUCAUACAUCUAUAAUCUCAAUGAGACUGUUCCCUGUAUUAAUCACUGUGUCCGCAUUCAUUACGUGUAACUUGUUAUAAGUUUGUCAAUAAGCAAUAUGAGAUUCAGAAACAAUAUUCUUAUAUUGUUUAACGAAGGAUAGAGUCAUCUUUCAUAGGAAAUUUUUAACUAUUCUUCACCAAAAUGAUAAGAAUUACACAAAUCAUAUGCGUUGCUUUGAUGUUGUCUCCUACGGUGGUGUCCUCAGAGUACUUUGGUUACAGUGAGUGUGUCUACAACAAGUACAAGGCGGUCUGUCUUGGAGAGUUCGAAGCUGUAUCCUAUGAAAACAGAGGACUUACAAAAUUUCCUAGCAUAUCAAGGAGGAAAACAUGUGUACAUCUUCAACACAAUCACAUAGAACGGUUUCCAGAAGAUUUGAGCAGUUUGUCACAUGUUGUUACACUGGGUAUGGCCGACAAUCGAAUCAGUUCCCUCCCUGACGAUCUUGAGAAAAUGGUAAAAUUAGAAAUCUUGGACGUCUCGGAAAAUCGACUUAAAAUGUUAUCACCCAGCACGAGAUUUCCGGCGUCUCUUAGAGGCUUGUUACUGGCUAGAAACGAAAUGAAAACCAUACCGGCAGGUGUUACGGUACCAGGCUUGUUUGUGCUUGAUUUAUCAAACAACGUGUUUACUGACAUACCGGAACAUUUCUGCGUGUCCGGCCAGCUAAUUCGGGUAGACUUCACAGACAAUCGUUUACGUCAUGAGGUCUCUCAGUAUAUCGACACCGUGAAUCGAUGCAGAAAUGUGAAUGAGAUCCCUUUCUGUCUUUUCACUGACAAAACAAACAUCAAAUGUGAUUGUUCCAGCAUGGGCCCGAUCCUUGGCGGCUCUCCGUCUUUUUGUAUGGGUACGCCACAAAAGUCCCUGGAGAUUGAGUGUUCUGCUGAAAGCGAAGAAAUGUACCUGUAUAAGGGGCAGAGCCGUGGGCAGAAAGUGUUUGAUGUGAACGUUACCAUGGUGAAAGACGCUUGUCCAAAAUAUUUCACUGAAAGUGGAGCUGGACAAAAGAAAAGUGAAGCAAGGAUUGUCAGAUACUCUGAGAUUGUUCUGAUCACAUUAUUUCUUUCUUUCAUGUGCCUGUGAAAGCAUUUCCUAUAUAACAGGGACUAUUUCAUGAUUAAAUGAAUGAUUUAAACAAACACAAGAUACAAAUGUUUGCUGACUGGCGUAGCUACGGCUGAUAUAAAUCAUCUUGUGUUCAAAAACAGAAAGUUUUAUCAUGCAUGUGAAGUUAUUAUUUUUAAGUAUUUUCCAGAACAAGCCUUGCAUUUUUGGUUAGAGGCGCGGGCCUGUCAGAGGUCUGAGAAUGUAUUUCUUUGAAUUUUUGAAGGAGAACUGCACCAAAUUGUGCUUUAUGAGACAAUAUUUAGGCACUAUCGGUCCAACAUUUAGGCAGAAAAGACUUGGUGUGCCGUAUAUUCAAAACACAUUAUACGAUUAGCUGCGACGUCCUAGUAUCCGCUACAAAGAAAUGAAUUAAUAAAUUCAAGAGCUAAGCGAGUCGAAAUUCUUGCAAAAUGAGUUAGAAAGUUGACGCCAAGCAAUUUGAAUGAGAUGAAGAUUUUAGAGGGUUCGCACACCUCUCCAUCCACCGAUUUUUAUUUCAGUGGUUUAAACUAAAAAGUAUCAAAUUUUUGCCUGGACAAUAUCCCGUAUGCCUGUUAAAGUCAGUGUCAAUUUUUUUCUCAUAUUUCAAUAACAUUGUACGUGCAUAUUUAUGUUCUUGUAAUAUAUGAUGUUAUUUGAUUUCAUUUUUUGUAGGUUUUAUUCAAUGGUAAAAGAAUGUCAUAUAUUUGUGUUCAUUUUCUUAAGCAUUAAUUCUCUUUCAGUAAACCCUUUAAGAGUAUGAAAUAAAAUGUGCACUU